CAGCAUCACCAGGCUAUGAUCACUAAAGCUAGCAAUGACUCUUCAUGCCCCAAAUCCACUUCUUAAGAAGUCAAUGGCAUCCUUUAGUUUCAACGAGAGAAGAAACCCGACAACUAGAAAGCGAACGCAAUGGACGGAAUCCAAACUCUCAAAAAGGACUACCCAUGGAUCCAAAACCCCCUCAUCGUAGGAGCCCCUAUGCGACUCAUUGCACUAGCAGAUCUUGCGGUUGAAGUUUCGAAAGCGGGAGGCAUAGGCUUCAUCGGCGCCGGAACAGACGUAUCAGAUCUGGACUCCCACCUUCACAAGGCCCAAGACCUGCUCAAAUCCUCGUCCCUUGCCACUGGCUCAGCCAUCCUCCCCAUCGGCAUCGGCUUCAUCAACUGGGGCGCCUCGCUCUCAGACUCCAUUCCACUCAUUCAGAAGUACCGGCCAGCGGCAGUAUGGUUCUUCGCGCCUUCUUCCACCACUUCGCUCACGGAGUGGGCCCAAGGAACCAGGAAAGCGUCUCCGGAAACGAAGAUCUGGGUCCAAGUCGGCAGCGUAAAAGAAGCCGUUGACGCGCUCAAGAGCGCGAAGCCAGACGUCCUCGUCGUCCAGGGUACGGAUGCAGGUGGUCACGGUCUGGCGCAGGGCGCGAGCGUGAUAUCUCUCGUGCCCGAAGUGUCCGACGCUGUCGACGCGGUGGUGAAGGAACACGGUGGUCCGUCUCCCGUCCUCCUCGCCGCGGGAGGCAUCGUCGAAUCCCGCGGCGUCGCAGCCGCCCUCGCCCUUGGCGCCUCCGGGAUUGUAAUGGGAACGCGCUUUCUCGCCUGUCACGAAGCUGUCAUAGCGAAGGGGUAUCAGGACGAAGUCCUCCGCGCUAGUGACGGUGGGCAGAAUACCGUGCGAACAAAGGUGUAUGACAAUCUGCGGGGGACUACCGGGUGGGCAGAAACGCAUAACGCAAGGGGUGUCAUCAAUAAGAGCUACAUAGAUGCAGUGGCGGGCUUAGACGAAGCUCAGAACAAGAAGCUGUAUGAGGAGGACAUGAAGAAGGGAGAUAAAGGUUGGGGCGUUGAAGCGAGGAUGACUACGUAUGCUGGCGCUGGAGUUGGAUUGGUAAGGGAGGUGAAGAGUGCGAAGGAGAUUGUCGAGGAGGUGAGAGAUGGGGCCAGAGCGGUUCUAAAAUGGUUGGGUGAUGGUGCGAUGACAGGAAAGCUCUAGAAUGGAGAGACUCCAUAGAGCAAUUUUGAGAUUGGUGGAACUGUAAACCAUGAUAUGUCCGGUAGUUCGAAGACCAUUUUGUCUCGAGGGUUGGCUACGGCUCACGGAAGAGAAACCUCACUGAUGCCACCAUUUUCGAGCCGUAUGCGCCAAACCUCUGGAAACUCUGCCCAGAUAUCCAUAACGCCGCCCAAUGCAAUCAUGAAGAAGCCUCGCCCAUCUGCUCAUCCCUCUCAAAUCCCAG